AUGGCCAAACAACAGAGCUUUUCUUUAGUACUUGUAAUUCUUGUCAUUCUUUUUACUACUUCAUCUUCAGCAAAUGCAGCACAAUAUAAUGUCCUGACUUUUGGGGCCCAACCUGAUGGAAAAACUGACUCAACCAAAGCCUUUCUUGCUGCUUGGACACGAGCCUGUGAAUCAAUUAAGCCAGCCACCGUGUAUGCGCCGCCAGGGAGGUUCUUUCUGCUAAAUGUUGUGUUUCAGGGUCCAUGCAAGAACAAUGCAAUCUUAGUUCGUGUAGAUGGUACCCUUGUGGCUCCUUCAGAUUAUCGACUGACUGGUAAUGCUGGAAACUGGAUAUUCUUUCAGUAUGUCAAUGGUGUUACAGUUUCCGGUGGAGUUCUUGAUGGGCAAGGCCCUGGUUUAUGGGCCUGCAAAGCCUCUGGCAAUAAUUGCCCCAGUGGUGCCACGUCACUGGGUUUUUCCAAUUCAAAUAAUAUAGUGAUAAGUGGAUUAACAUCACUGAAUAGCCAAUUAUACCAUAUUGUCAUCAAUGGCUGCCAAAAUGUGAAAGUGCAAGGCGUGACGGUGUCUGCCUCCGGCCACAGCCCCAACACCGAUGGCAUUCAUGUACAAUUAUCAAGUGGUGUCACUAUCCUUAACUCCAGGAUUAGAACUGGUGAUGAUUGUGUCUCAAUCGGUGCUGGAACCACUAACUUGUGGAUUGAAAAAGUAGCGUGUGGCCCUGGCCAUGGAAUCAGUAUUGGGAGUUUGGGAAAGGAUCUUCAAGAGCCUGGUGUACAGAAUGUGACUGUUAAAUCUGUUGCAUUCACUGGUACACAGAAUGGGUUAAGAAUCAAGUCUUGGGGGAGACCUAGCAGUGGCUUUGCAAGGAACAUACUUUUCCAACAUGCUAUCAUGACCAAUGUUCAGAAUCCGAUGGUCAUUGAUCAAAAUUAUUGUCCGGAUAACAACAAUUGUCCUGGUCAGGAAUCUGGUGUUAAAAUUAGCGAUGUUACGUAUCAAGACAUACAUGGAACAUCAGCAACACAAGUGGCAGUGAAAUUUGAUUGUAGUAAGAAGAAUCCAUGCACUGGGAUCAAACUGGAAAAUGUGAAGUUGACUUACAUGAAUCAACCAGCUGAUGCAUCUUGUAACAACGCCGAUGGAAAUGCUUCUGGAAUCGUUUUGCCCAGUAGUUGCCUGUAGA